AUGUCUGAUGCAUCGUCGCCGGCGCUGAAGAAGCGCAAGUGGCACACCAAGGAUCAGAACGGCUGCACUCGAUGUAAAGCGCGGCAUGUCAAAUGCGAAAAAUCACAACCUUCAUGUCGCAACUGCGUCAGACGCGGCGAAGAAUGCAUAUACCCUGCAUUGUAUUCUGCUCCGCAGACGCCCAUGCCGCCUGUGACCGAUCCAGGCGAUAGCGUAGAAACAGUGCCAGUGAGGGAUACUUUCUCGGCAUUGGAUCUGGAAUUAUUUCAUCGAUUCAUCACGACAGAUUACCCUCCACUACCGGCUAAUAGCACGCAUAUCUGGACUCAGAUUAUGUCUGUUUAUGCGCACGAUCAUGAUUUCCUUAUGCACGCCAUCCUCGCAUGCGCAGCUACCAGUAGCACCGCGAAUCCACGGCCUGGACUCCGUGUAAGCGCUCUCCACCAUCGUAUGAUAGCGUUGAAAUGUAUCUGGGGUGCGAUGGCCGUAGCCGACUCCAAAGAAACAUCCUCAAGAACUCGAGAUGCUCUACUCGGAGCCUGGUACCUAUUAGCGAUGCAAUGUUUUCUUCUCCGAGACGGCUGGACCGAUUUCUUUCCUUUGGUACGAGGUCUCAAUCUCACCGCUGGUGCUAUUCUACUUCAAGGAGGUAAUACUGUGUGGGGUCUUGAUAGACUUCAUGUUACAAAGGAACGAAUCCGUGAUGAGUGGAAAGAUGGAAGGAUUGAGAGGCCACCUCGUCCGUUGAUGUCUGGGAUGAUGGAGUCCUUUCGUCUGAUGGAGACGGAAUGUCAGUCGCAUAGGGCACAAGCGUUUCUUCAGAUAGUGAUUACGGCCGCGACUGCUCUGGACCAAGACGAGACAUGGAAAGGAUACGAAACACUUCAAUCCGUAUGGGAUCUACUUUCAAACGCCGAUUGUGUGGACUCCAAAGCGCUGGAAGACUGUUCGAACCCCUCGUCGAGGAUUUUAAUGGCACAUUGGCUAGCCAUGAUGCUCCUUCUGAAGCCAUUCUACGAUUUGGAAGUGGUGUUGGGAAAACAGGGCGUCAUAGCACAAUUACCGACCUGGAUCUUUGAUAUUUCGCGAGUUGCUUCGAGAGAUUCGGAUAAUACGGAAGAGAUGCUACAGUGGCCUUUGCAGGUCGCUUCAGCGUAUGCUUCUCGCAAUCUUGCUCAAAGUCGACCGGAAAGCCAGGAAGGGGCGUUGUGA